AUGCCUUCAUUGGCCUCAUUAUUGGAUAAUGGAUAUCUUCUCAUCACGACAUCUCCCGAUCUCUUUGAGAGGCAGCAAGUCCCGGCUUUGAGAUGCACAGUGGCACCGUUGAGCGGUGGAUUGACGCCAGAGAUCACCAAGUACGAGAUGGAAGAAGAAAAAGAGGUACCUAUCAACAAAGCGCACUACGUGGGAAACGAUCAGUUCGUCGUGCGUUGCUACAAUGAAACGAUAGCCGACAACUCGGCCGUGAAUCUUUUCCCAAUAUUGACCGGCCGGCCGAUUCAAAUGGAUCCGGACAAUCCCGAUCCAGAGGACACCUUUGUCGACCUCGAGAAUGUCACCUUUCUGUGGGAUUUGAUGAAAAGAAGAGGCUGUGUCACAAUGAUGAACGAUGAUAUUGCUGAUGUUCGACGGGGGCUUUUCCAUUAUCCGAAUCACACUUUUACGGGUUUCCCCGUUUCACCCACCGAUUUCUACCUUCGCCCAACUCAUCUUUUCAACACGAAACAUCGGAUCUCCUCCGGGAAAACUUGCCUCAAUGAUGGAACGAGUCUUGCUGCUGAGUACCUCUCCUACAUGCGCCAUUUCUCGUCAGCUUUCAAAGAUGCUUGUCAUUUUUCGUUUAAUUUCAUCACGUCACUCACCCACGACGAUCCGUCGAUGCUGGGGACGAUCGAUCAGGAGCUGAAACGAGCACUGGAAAGCCUCUUCGCGCAGGAUAUCGAGAAAUCGACGACUUUUGUAAUCAUGGGAGAUCAUGGGAAUCGAAUACAUCAGAUACAAAGAACGACAACGGGUCGAGUGGAAGAACGAUCACCCCUUUUCUCGAUUCGUUUACCCGACGAGUGGAAAAGAAAAAACGCGAAAGCGCACAAAAAUUUGCGAACAAAUGCCAAUCGUGAAACCGAUGUCUACAAGAAAUUAUUCGCAUCACUCUCCGAAAGAAUCCUCUCACUUCCUUGUGUCAAAUCGAUUCGCCCACAUUUCCGAUAUCCGACGUUAGAAGUGUUUUCUCUUAAUCAAAUGGUUCUACAUGGACUUCGGCAUGAGAAUCAAUGGGAUUCUGUGAAGAAUUACACAAGUGCCUCCGAUUUUGAGUGGAUUGAGUUGGGAAUGAUUGCUGAUAUGCACAAAAGAUAUGAUGGCUUUGAGUUGAGUUUUGGUCUCAUUGCUCGUUAUCGUCAUCGAUUAUCGACGGAUCUCUACGAAUUGAGCGAAUCGCCGAGAGUACAUGAGAGAACGGCCAUUUGCAAUGCGCCGACAGUCGAUGAGAUCUGUGAAAUGUGUUACUACGACAACCUCGUAUCGGCAAGAAACGAGCAACAAGUCAUC